CAUCGACGACCAGGUUUAUGAUUGAACAACAAUGGGUGGCCAUGACCCUCACGACGUCAGCACAAACACAUGUGUACAUGCCGCAGGAAGAUGUCACUAAGCCGGUAGCGGUUGCUCGUGUUACAAAGUUCCAACGUUCCAACCUGGUCAGCUCCUCAUUCUGACCAUCAAUCCACCUGACCACCGUUCAAGACAAUCACUACAACACAACAACACCGUCCGUCCUAGAUUGUCAGCUUUGUUGCGACAACACGAUACAGAGAAUACCAUUUGUUCCAUCAUGUCUGACCCCACUGGCACUUUCGUCAACACCGACAAGGCGCCUGUACUCAGGGCCGAUCCAGACACCAUCUCUCCACUUGAGCGGCGCAACUCUCUUGAGAAACACCUUCAACAUCGACCAGAUGCCCAAGACCUCAAGAAUCGACACAUCCUACUUGAUACCAAGACUGCGCCUGCCCUUCAGGCCAAGCAACUGGAACUUGAACGCCAGCAGCACAGCGACAGUCUCCGGAAGCACCUGGAAAAACGUGCCGAUCGAGACGAAUUGGUUGAACGCAAUAUCCUCCCCGAGGGCAACGCUGCGCCAGCCUUGCAAGCCAGCCAAAAGGCUCUAGAUCGACACAUGAGGGCUGACAGCCUCGAACAUAAGAUUCAGACCCGGCCAAAGCCAGAGCAGUUGAUCAAGGAAGGCAUCCUAGAAGAGAGUGAAAACCCAAUCAAGGAAUAGGUCAAGUUGCAAACCCAAUGCAAUAUGCCAGUGACAUGUGCUUCAGUAGCUCCAUGAGAGCCCAGCAUGUGAGAUGUGAGACAAACAAUGGUUAGGACAGAGAGUAACAAAAUAUACUUCUACAUGAUCAAUA